AUGACUAACGCGGAAGAGCCAAAAAGAUUUGGAUUGGAAAACCAAGUCAAGAGAAAUCCUCAUAAAGAUUUCAAAAAAGUGGAAGCAUCGAGAAAACCAUUCGAUAAGGAUAAAAGGUGGGAAUAUUCUAAGACAAUAGAUCCUGAUUGGAGAGUUGGUGAUGGUGCAAACGAGAGCGAUUGGAAACAGUAUAAAAAAUUGGAAAUUGAUCCGUUUGGAGAUACUAGAGAUCCUGUGGAUAAUUACAAAUUGUUGAUUUCUGCAGUCACUCCCAGACCAAUUGGAUUCACGUCGACCGUAGGAAAAGAUGGCACUAAAAAUUUGGCUCCAUUUUCUUACUUUACGGUAGUGAAUCAUGAUCCACCAAUAUUUUGUAUCGGGUUGAGCGGAGGCAAGGGAAAUCCUAAAGAUAGUUGUAGAAAUCUUCUUGAGACAGAGGAAUGCACUAUUAAUAUAAUAUCAGAAUGGUUUCUUGAGGCUGCCAAUUAUACUUGUACUAAUUGUCCUUAUGAAGUCAAUGAAUGGGAUUUGUCAGGGUUGACACCUUUGAAAUCGACAAAAGUUAAGCCUGAUCAUGUUGCAGAAAGCGCGUUUUCCAUUGAAGGUAAGCUCAUCCACUCUCAUGAAUGGAAGUCGAAGAAAGACCCUAAUAAGGCAACCGGAACAUUGUGCAUUAUAGAAGGAGUGAAUUUUCACGUAAUGGAUAACGUCGUCAAUAAGGAUUUGAACAAUAUCGAUAUUGCCAGUUUAAGGCCCGUUUCUAGACUAGGUGGCAUUACUUAUGGGAGAACCGUCGACGGAUUUGAGCUUCCGCGUCCACUGUACGAUCCCAGCGAUAUUCCUCAUAAGUAA